AUGCGCUCAAACACUGCUUUCGUGCUAGCCACGCUCGCCAUCGGCCAGGCCUCCGCCGGCGCCCUCAAACACCGCAGCUUCCACGCCCGUCGCAGCAACAUCGCCCAGGACAAGGUUGAAAUCGACGUUAGCAAACGUGAAGCCAUCAACUACGAUGUCUCCAACGUCGACUGGACCAAAGCCCUCGAGCACGUCGACUGGUCCAAGGUCAACUACGGCGCCUCGUCCUCCGCCCCCGCGCCCUCGUCCGUCGUCGUACCCUCGUCCGUCGCUGCACCCUCCUCCGUCGCUGCACCCUCCUCUCCCGCCGUCGCCGUCUCCUCCGUGGUCUCCGUCGCAAAGGCGAAGGCAGAAUCGACCCCGACGCCCACCAGCGCGCCCGCCUACACGCCCUCCUCGUCCUCCCCCGCCGCGGCCUCUUCCACCGCAGCCUCGACCCCCUCCCUCACGGGCGCCAUCCUCGAAGCCGCCGACAAGGCCAAGCUCCUUGCCCUCGGCUUCAUCGGCGUCGGCCUAAACGAGGGCGCCGCCUCGGUCGGCAGCGCCGGGCCCUACAUCGCCGACGUGUCCAACGAGUCGGGCGAGGACCUCAUCUUCGUGUGCUGGGCGGGCGCGACGUCGUGGGUGAACGCGCACGUGCCCGCCCUGACCAUCUCCAUCGCGUCGGGCAGCUCCAAGAGCGUGUCCUUCACCGAGUCCUUCUCGGGCGCGUGCUCGGCCGUGUACGAGGACACGGAGCUCGUCAACGGCCAGGUCAGCAACACGUGGCUGGAGGCGACGUUUGGCGCGUGGGGCACCUACGACGUGUCGCGCGAGGUCAACAUGAGCGGCCACUCCAUCUCGGCCGUGGGACCGACGUGCACGUCGGACAUGGAGACGUGCGUGUUUACGUGCAACAGCGGCAACAGCUGCAUGGCGGCGGGCAGCUACUCGCUGAAGAACUGCGGCAAUGGGGCUGUUGGCACGGCGAGCGAUGGGGGUGCGAGCGGUGGGUGCCAGGGGCUUGGGAGUGGGGCGACGAUUAAGGUUACCUUGUCGUAG